ACCAAAUGAUAGAGUGACAAGGGAAGAAGGCCCAGGAAGACCACUCUUGAGGCAUUCAAUGCUUAACUUUGAAAGCUGGUGCGACCUGCUCGUCCUUCAGUCAAAAUCGAUAUUUCUUGAUUCAUGUGAGUUUUUUUUUAGCAAAUUCGACGUCGAAUCAUCCGGCAAGUUGGAUUUUGCUUUCCAAAUGUCUUUUUCGUACACCAACGUAUGAAUAAAAGUGUGAAAAGUGCGUGGAACAUCAGACGGAAGAGGGCAGCUCUGAAAAUGGUUGACUUUUCGUUUCCUAAAGUGCUGAUCUUAGUCGUUUUUCAAAUUUAUUGUGGGCUGGUCGAUACGCAAAGGUGCGAAGACAUUCAAAUAGGAAAUCUUAUCCUGAAAGAAAACCCAGUGAAGGCAUUGAAAAUUGCCAAAACCAAGUUGACCACCAUUCAGAUUCUGGAAGAACAGUAUUUUGGCUCUUUAACUUGUCAUGUUCUUCGUAAUGUGGACCAACCCCUCUUUGAGCACUUUUUGGCCAAUUCAAGCACCGUCUUUCAGUCAGUCAGUGCUUACGACCCAUAUAUUUUUGGAAAAAAAACUCAUCGAAUCUUCACGUGUGAUAUAUAUCUAAUCGACGAUUACUUUGAAGAAAAGAUUGUCGACCUUGAGGUGGCUCUGAUAUUGCAACCCUUAUUGGGCAGAAAUGCUCGUAAUAAGUGCGAUGUGCCCGUGAUAGCCAGACAAACAAUCACUUUCGAAUUUGACCGUGGUAAUGGACGUGGUGGGGUGGAUGUCUCUAGUACUGCCCAAAACCAAAGCAAAAAGGGAAGCCCAAAUUUGGCCGGGAAAAACGAAAGAAAAUCUACAAGGUAUCCUUGGCCUUUUCAAACCUCAGCCCCCGAUGCGAGGAAGACUUCUCAUAGUCAAAACGAAGAAGAUCGGAGCAAAUAUCAUUUCGACUCGAUGCCAAAGAACGAUAGGCGUAAAGCUGGAGGAACUUCAGCCAAUCCAAGUCAAAGUCAGAAACAAAGUCAUAAACAAGCCAAAAAUACACCUCAAAUGAGCCAAGUAACGGCAGAAGUGAUGAUAAGACCGACGGUGCCAAGUAGUAGUGCAGCACAAGACGAUGAAGCAUCUGUUUUUGACUCCACGCAACAACAUGUCCAAACCAAUCCAAAUUCAACGUCUAUAGAUAAGGGAAACACCGACAUAAUGACUUCGGUUAAUGGUGUACCGACAUUCAACCCCCAGAGGACGACUCCAAACACACUGUUUGAGGAGACACCAAAUCCCACGGGUGUGCCCCAUACGACAAUUGAACCAAUGGUAGUAAAAGGUCAAACUGGACAUGAACAAACGUCCCCUUCAAUUCAAUCAACAAUCAAUAGCAAGACCAGCCCUGACAACCUAAUUGAUAGUGUCCUGGAGAUGAAGACUUCAAAGCCGGACCAAACAGACUCUCAGACUGAAAAGAGUCAAGGCAAGUACUCCACAUCAAUUGAGGAAAACACCACAACUCAACUCCAAUUUGAAGAAGAAAGCUCAACGACUUUGGUCCAAGACACGAAUCUAAAUAGUUCUUUCCGUCCUGAAAAAAACGAUGGCGACGACACGCACACUAGAAGCAAUACAAAUGAUGCUACUUUAUCUGACGGCUCUGGAAAUAAAGAUCAAGAAGGUACAUCCCCAAUCUUCAAUCGUGUGACCAUCGAAAUGAUAGUGAAGGAUACGUUAACGCCAGUAACAACUAAAAAGGGAAUGAGUGAUCCUGCUCGUGUCCCAACCACAUUGAUUGCAAUCACUACUGGCUCUGAUAUUUUUGAGACCUCGACCGAAAAUCCACAAACGUUGGCUGAUACCAUCAGUCCCAUUGACUUGGUCAACAACAUCAAAGAUCGAGAGCUAGAUAAAGAGGAGAAUGACAGAUCCAAUGAAAACUAUACCACCAACACCAUAACCGCAACAACCACAACCAAAGAUGUUAGAACUGACUCAAAUAGCGUUACCAAUGAUGGCGAAUCCAAUAGCAGCGACGCUACUACAAUGUCAAGCUUUACAGCUCUUUCAACAAGCGCAAUUAUAACGGGAGUCAAUCUUACCCCCGUUAUGACAACACAACAAACAGCAAGCAGUGCGUCGUUGUCAGUAACAGUCACAACAACAAAAGCAACAUUAUCAUCAGCAUUGUCAAAAACAACGCCAACAAGUUUUACUGGUAAAAACAUCUUUGAGAUAGAUAUCAGUAACAAUAAAGACAAAACCGACAUUGAUAUCAACACUGACAGUAACAUUGACAUCACAACCGACACCAAUAACAACACCGACAACAACGCUGACACCAACACCGACACCAAUAACAACACCGACAACAACGCUGACACCAACACCGACACCACCACCGACACCAUCACCGACACCACCACCGACACCACCGCCGACACCACCGCCGACACCACCACCGACACCACCACCGACACCACCAUCGACACCACCACCGACACCACCGCCGACACCACCACCGGCAACAACAUUAACAAUGAUCACGAUCACGACCACAACAACAACAAAAACAACAACAACAUUGAUAAUGAAAGCAAUGACGAGGUCAGCAUCGUCACCAAAGCAAACACUAAAACAGUAACCAACACCAUCACUGAUAUCGAUACUUACACCGACACUACAGUCAACAAUAUUGAUAACAAAGGCAACAAGGACAGCAACACGAAUACUGUCAGAAGUAACGGCGACGAUCAUACAUUCACCGAACAAAGUACGUUCACUCUGGGGCACUUUUCAAAUUCGAGCUCAAACUCCAACAACAUGACCAAUGCUAUUAACGAUAGUAUCGACGUUGCCACAUCUACAUCCCCCAUUCAACAAUCACCUACAAUGGAAACAAUAAAUGUGCCUUUCCUCGAUACCAUCGGGACAAAACGAACUGAAAAAACGCUGGCAACAUCAACAUCAAAAGGAGCAACAGCACCAGUAACGACAAAAGAAGCAGCUGCAACAAUGACAACAAGUACGGUCACAGCUAAACAUGCAACGGUCUCGAACCCGGUCACAAUUGGUACAAGUAUUGACAGCGUUACCACCAGAACAACAAUGGUAACAGUGACAGUAACCACAUCUCCAAUCAAAAUCGACCCAGUCACUAGCAUUACUUUUAAACCAAUAACAACAACAACGACGACAACAACAUCAACAACGACGACGACGACGACAACAUCAUCAUCAACAACAGCAUCAUCGACAACGACAACAACAACAUCAUCAACAUCAAGAACCGCAUCAUCAACAACGACAACAACAACACUGGCGACGACAACCGCCGUGUCAUUUCUCCCUUCAACACUUUUUGUUCCUGUUGUUGAAACGGAAGUUGUCACGAUAUUUCCACCAUUGGGAACAACGAGAUCACCAAGAAUUGUCAAACCUCCAACUGGAUCCCUCUUGAAUGGAACUUCAACAGAUCCAAAUCAAGAAUCCGAGAAUAUUUUGGACAACCGGAUUUUAGUAGAUGAGCCAAUUUUAGGAGAGAGUCUUCAAAAUGUUACAGUAUUCCUUCCUAACAAACCUAAGACGGAUGACUCAAAGUUGAAUGUAGUGGGAUCUCAAAAGAGCGCUUCAUUAUUUUGGUCGCUCUUGGCCAUUAUAUUGAGCUUAGCGUUCGUUGUCAUUGGAAUACUCAUCUAUUAUUGUUGUCCUGGUAUUUGUUGCUGUUGUGGAGAAUGCUCACGACGAGAAAAAACUCAGAAAGCCCUUGUUGGAUUAACCUCGAGAGAAAGAGAUGUCGAAUUUGCUCCUUUUCAAGAAAGGCUGGAGCUACAUCGUCGAGCCAACGGAAAUAAUGGCCAAGGUCCAAGUGUAACGGAUCAUUAUUCUGUUUCUGACGAAACCAACAACUUUAGCUUUGGUCCAGACCUAAAUGAUCAUCAUGGAUCAGCUAUACAACGUUCAAGAUCAAGAAACAUCUCAAGCCAAUUUUCCAAAUCCCUGGGACACAGAUUCCUCGAAGGUGGCUCUAAAGUACGUCAAACAUUCAUGCGUCCAUCCGUACGUACUUUUUAUAAUCGUCAAAGAUUCGGUCACAAUAACGACUUCUAUGACUAUGGUGGUACAAGAGACAAUGAUGCCUUGGUACAUGAGCGACCCAGUAGCUCACCAGUUUUAGUUCGAAUUUUGAAAGCUGUCACACCACGAGGAAGACGAUCUCGAUCAGCUGGAGAUGCGUCUCUACGAUCAAGAGCCUUGAGACAAAAUUCUAGAGCAUUUCAAAUCGUGGAAGAUAACUUCGAUCGGAGACGGUCAGGGAGUGACAGAGCAGAUCUCCAGAUGUUGGCUUUAGAAUAUCAACGCACGCCAUAUCAGCCAAUACUCAACGGACCACACACCCGGGGAAUGAACGAUUACUUAGAGCGAGAUGUUCAAGUUCUCAAGGUGGGCGACUCCCGUGAUGAGCUUUUUCGACGCGAAGGAUCUGCCGAAAUCUUGGAAUUGGACUCCAACCAGAGCGGCUAUGGAGACUCUGGGAAAUUUAACCACAGUUCGGAAGUGAUGAAUGACUCUGUGAAAUUCAACCUCGAGGACUAUGAUGAGAUUCAACAAAGAAGUGUUGGAAUCGACAACGAGGGAAUAAUGACUUUUGAGCAACAUCGUGCACUGCCGCUCUCGCAGGGAAUGCAUUCGGCCGGGGCAAAGCCAAUUACUCGCAUGAAAGCAGACGUGGAAAGUAAGAUGGUUCAAACAGAUGAUUCAUACCUUCAGCGUAAGAUGAGCAAGAAGGUUCAGACAAUACAUCUCGACGAAUCCGAUUCUGAUGACGACAAGGAUUUGGCAAACCAAUCGCUAAAUCAAUCGAUGACCUCUUCGUUGCAUGGUCCAGCGUAUGAUAAAUCGUUCCAGGAUCCUGGGUUUUUAAACAUGGCCAUGCGAACCUUAGUCGGCGAUCAACUCAAAAAUGGUCGACAGGGCAUGUGGAAUAUUCGUGAAUCAAGACAAGGACAUGAUCGAGACGAAUUUGAGCAUGACACAAUCCGAAAGUCAUUCGCUUCUUCAUUACCUCGAAGAAGUUUUAGCCGACAUAGUGAUCAAGACAGCCAGACGCGUUUGUCAAAAAAACGGGGCCAAAUCUACUUCAACGGUAAUCGAACUCCCCCCACCCCAAACUACACUGAAACUAAAGCGUCUAUUCUUCGUCGUCGAACAGUGAAUGUGCAACCCCAUGAAAACUCGUUGACCAAGAGACCUUCAGUUUUGAGCAAUUAUCAUUCAUCAAGUAUGACUGAUUUGACAAGAGCCUCAAAAAGACGGAUAGACAAGACCAAUAAGAUACAUGGUAGCACUCCUGAGAGUUUGGAACUAUUCUGAUUAAUAAACAAAUCUGA